ACCAAAUGAGAGAAAAAUACCGAUCGAUUGUUUGAGAUCAUAUUUUUGAACUACCCUCGUACUCCUCUGAGUUAUUGUCACCUUGUAUAUUACGGGUAUUCAGCUAGCUAGGUGUAAACGCAGUUUUAUUAUGCUUCCUUUAUUCAGCUGGUAGCACUAUGACUGAAGAAACUGUGGUUAUAUUUGGCUGGGAAGAUUGGCUCGUAUAUGGAUUUGCAUUGUUGGGGUCGUUAUUAAUUGGAGUGUAUUAUGGAUGCACCGGAAAGAAGCAAAGCACUACAGAUGAAGUUUUACUUGGGGGAAGAAACAUGUCGGUGUUUCCAGUGUCAUUGUCUGUUUGUGCGACUCUCAUAUCAACUGUAUCUAUCAUCGGAUUCCCCGCAGAAAUAUAUAAUCAAGGGACUAUGUUAUGGUAUAUUUUGAUCGGGACUGCCAUAGGCUAUAUUGCUACUGCACAUGUGUAUUACCCGAUUUAUUAUGACUUGAAAAUAACAAGCAUAUUUGAGGUGAGAAAAGGCCUAGACAUUAAUGUUCUAUAAGCUAAGUUCACACCAACGGCGCUUUGAUGGUGCUUUAAUGC